GUUCCAAAACGACAAGAGACCUCAGUGGUGAACCUCUAGCAACAUCAUUCCACUCAAAAUUUGUUGGGACUGUUGACUACCUGUGGUGAUUACACAAAUAAUUUUUUCACCCUUGAAACAGCACUGAUUUCUUGCUCUUUGCAGCGGGGGUUCUGUAAUUAAAGUUGCGAAAACUUGCUGUAGGUAUUCUAGUGGAAUUCAGGCCACUGGAGUUCUAGAUACUCUUCCGUUGGAUUUCCUCAAGAGAAUAGGCGGUCUUCCUUGCAAGGUAACAAUGCUGAUCGUGCAAUACUACAUCGCUUUUCCUUUCUGUAACCUUUUUUUCAGGACGCGACUUGUUGCUAAAAGUAACUCAAUGAUAGUGAUGUGACUAAAUGUUGCAAGCAAACCGGUUGCACACUCACUAAUCAUGAUUGCAACCCAUAAGAUAUCUCCUAUAAUCCGCGGACUACGAUCACGUGUCUUAAUCUACUGAAAGAAAAAAAGAGGUCAUUUGUAUCUGUUUCUGACCAUAGUUUCAUGCUUGUUACAGAAGCUAGGAAGUGAUCACUUAGCUCUGGUUUCAGAAUUCGCCUUCACAGAAGUAACUAAAGAAGCCACCGAAACAGAUUAAUCUGCAAGCUCAGCAUCUCCUAAGGUGAAUAAUAUCCAUCCUUGUUUCCGAAUUAUCCUUGAUUUGUCGCCUCUGAUGAGAACAAUGCAUCACUCCUUCCCUCUCUGGUAACAUAGAUGGAUGGAAUUCUACUAUGAAGCUUGCAUAGGCGGAACGAGCCGGUGAUGGCUAUUUCAGUUUAAUCUUAUAUAUAUCUAGUUUGAAAUUUGUUCAGAACAAGAACCACCAUUCCUUUGAACUUUUUCCUCUCUUCUUAAUUUUUUUUAUUUUUAUUUUGAGUGAGACAAAUUUAAGGUAUGAGAUUCAAAGUUUUUCGUUUUUCUUACUUUUUUUAAUCGGUCUGUAUCUGUUUUAACUUAGAUUUUUUUUUUUUUGGUCGAACGCUUCUCAUUCUGCAGCUUUUUUGUUUUCCUUCGGUAAGUCUUUGGUUAAGGGCAAGGUUGUCAAACCGGUUUAUGCCAGUGUGCCGGUUUAGCAAGUGGAAUGGUUCAACCGGUGGCAUAUACCUGUUUGUGCCGGUUCAUACCGGUCAAUAUUACUAUUAAAAUUAUAAAUACUCAUAUUUAAACAUGACAUUUAACGUCAAUACCUAAGCAUUUAUACUUGAAUCCAACAAAUAACAUCAAUAUUUAAUUUUUAUACUCAUAAAAUAAAUAAUAAAAUAAUUUUUAUCAAUUAAAUUCUCUAAAAUAAAGUCAUUUUACUUAGAGAUUCGUAUAUCGAUCAUGCCGGUCAUACCGGUGGUGUCACGCCGGUUUUAUGACCGGUACCGGUUGAACCCGGUACAACCGGUGGCACGCUGGCCGGCGUGACAACCAUGGUUAAGGCGAAUUUGUAUUAAAAACAAUUGUCACGUCACCAUAGAAAUCAAGAGGAUAUAAUUGACUGCCAAGUAAGACUGGAUGAACGAAAUUGGAGAAUCAUUAACUUAUGAUGAAAUUGAGUAUAAAGUGAAUAGCUAAUAAACAAGAAAAUUUAUUUCUAUCUCAAACGAAAAUAAUUGAUAAAUUUUUAGUUAUGUUUGUAAUUCAGCGAACGAAUAUGAGAUAAGGGGUUGGAAAGAUUAUUAACAAACAUACAAUGAUAAAGCCGUCCCGCCAAAAUUGGGUCAGCUUCUUGACAUCAUUUCCUGACAUUACAUGACAACCACCAAAGCUUCUGUCCAAUAUUUCCAAACAACUGCCCAAAAAAGUUAAACACCGUUACUAUAACUGUAAAAAUAAUGACUACAAUUAUGAUUUUGUACUCAUAAAAAAAACUGAAAAAUACGUCUAUAAUUACAAAAAGUGAAAAAACUAAUAACUACAACUAAAUUUUAUUAAUUAAAUUCUCUAAAAUAAAGUCAUUUUACUUAAAAGAUUCGUAUGCCGAUCAUACCGGCGGUGUCACGCCGGUUUUAUGACCGGUACCAGUUGAACCCGGUACAACCGGUGACACCCCGGCCGGCGUGACAACCAUGCAACCAAUUAAUUAAUUUUUGGUUUAGUUUGUUGAUGAUGAGGUAUUGCCGGCGAUUAACGGAGUUUGGCCUCCGUCCGGCAUAAACAAUGAUCAUUAUUAAUGGUCGUAUUCCGCCCUAACCAGUAACCAUCAUGAAUCUUGUGGUUGUUCAGUUAUAUUAUUUGCUUGAUAUUUAAUAGGAGUACAUGUACAUCACAUGAAAAGGAGCAUAUUAUUGUGACAGAGUCGUUGGACCCUAAUCACCGAUAUUAUAAUUUCAACAAACAAUUUUUUAAGUUUGGUUUUCAAGAAAGCUUGGACGACAUAUCUUAAUUUUUUGUCCUUUUUUUUAAUGCUGAUGACAUGGUUAUCAUGGGAUUCAGAUAGGCACUCAAAGAUGGUUUUCAUGCCUUGUUUAGUUAAAAUGAACAUGUUUAUUUUCUAGAUCUCUGAUCCUCUCCAGGUGCUUUUGAUUAGUCAUCAACCCUAUGGAGCUAAAUUUGAAGCUCAAUCGACACUUAGGGGAUGUGGUUUAUGCUCCAUAAUUGCAGGUAGUCUCUACGUUCAACCACUUGACAAUGCAUUUUCUUCUCAAACACCUCGUCAAUUUGCAUUCUAGGAAGCAGGGUGGUAAGGUUUGAAAGUCUACUAUGAAAGCUUAAUAUCAAGCAAAGUUGGAUGUUGGGCUCGAGUUCAUCUGGAUGCAACGCCUAUUUGGAGAUUUGGGAGCUACAUUUCUUUCCCCCCAUGACCAUGUUUCGAUAAUAACACAAGCACAAUCCAGAUUGCUGUCAAUCUUGUUUUUCAUUAUCGUACCAAGUAAAUCUAGGUACCAACUAACUAUAUAAAGACUUGGUUCGCAAUGCGGUGAUUAAAUUUCAUUAUAUUGCUUGUGAUCAUCAGCUCGCUAAUAUGUUCACCAAGGCUUUCUUGACGAGUCUCCAUUAGUAUUUAUCGAGCAAAAUUGAUGCUUCGGAAGCAAUAUCAAUUUGGGGGAGGAUACUAUAGAUACUUAUCUUUUGCGGGCUUAGUUUGCAUGUGUAUGUAUUAAUGUAAGGUCCAAGAGGCAUGGGUAUGUAUUGGGAGUCUCGGUUGUAUCGAGUAUCUUUGCCCUAGUAGUACAUAUGUGCAGGGACGGAGCUAGAGGCAAACAAAGGGGUUUCAUGACUCCCCCUUGGAUUUGGCCGAUUCAUAUAGUUUUCGAAUAAUUUACAAUAUGAAACUGUAUAUGUAAAAAAAAUUAUGGCACCUCCUUAAAUAAAAUUCUGACUACGCCAUUUCAUAUGUGCUUGUACUUGAAGUUGAGACUCAAGAGAGUACAAACUAGAAAACAUAAUAAGAUUAGAAGCUCGGGCAGUAUGAACUACUUCGGGAACCAAUCCCAAUUAUUUGGAAAAUCACAUAAAUUGUUUGUUGUUUGAGUUUGAUUUGACGACAACACCAUCGUAUAAUUCAUAGUUGUCAAAUCUACACAUAAUAUAAUACACCGAAGGGAAAAACGGGAGGCCCAUUUCAAAUUUCCUGCAACGAGAGUGAAAGUAGGAAGGACAUUUUGGUCUUCACAAUUACUUUUUUUAUUCAUUAAAAAGACACGUACUGGGAUUCGAACCAUGUCCAUUUUAAAGAAAAGCAAGGAACAUAACCAAUCACACUAAGUACAUUUGUUGCAUCCUUUUAAAUCAAAAACAUAUAAUAGCAGGGAGGAAAAACCCCUUCCCCCAUUUCAAAUUCCCUGCUCCAUGAGCGUUUGUAGGAAGGGUAGAAUAGGUAGUGUUAAUUUUUUUCUCUUUCCUCUGUGGAACGGGCCAACUUACCGUACACAUGCGAAUUUAAACGGGUUCAGGAGUGUCAAUUUUUUUCUUUAACCCCUUGUAUUUCUCCGUGGUGAUAAAAUAUAUAUGAAAAGGCAAAAACAAUACUUCUUUUUAUGCUAAAAAUAAAAAAAAUUUAACAAUAAACUAAUGCAUGGUAUCUAAAGGGCUAACCGCUAACCAUAAAAUAAAAGAGUUGAAUGGGCCUGACCUACACCGGAUUUGGCCAUCAAGUAAAACAGAUGAACAUCAUUGGUUUGACAUUCUAAAACAAGCUAUUUUCUCUAGCAUAAUAUAUAUUAUUAUAUUAUUUUAUAUUUUAGUGGCUAAAAUAUAAUGUAGUUUAAAGUUAUUGAAUGGUUCAAUCUCGACCAACCCAAUUAGUCCAAUUUUUAUCAUUUCAAAUAUGUAUUAUAUAAUUAUUUGAUAUCAUAAUGAUAAAAUUAUAGUGUAUUUUAUAGGGAAUCGUUUGGUAUUUGUUAGUAAAAAACUAAACAGAAAGAUCUAUUUGGUUAUUUUAAACAUUAAAACGAUCCUAAACAUUUUCAGUUUCUUUUGAAUUUCUAUGGUUUUAUUCCCGAAUAAGUGAUGUGCAAAUGGCGAAUUGCAGUCAUCUAUUUUCUUUCACUAUUUUUUAUUUUCAAAUAGAAAGUUUAAAAGUAACGAAUAAUUAGAAUUUUGCAUGGGUCGGUCAAACAGGCUGAAUUUUAAGUUUUGGCCCGUUUUGAUCAAGUCUAAUUUAUAAUCACAUGGUUCCCUGAUACCCGAGAAAAAUCUCAAUCCAAACCAGUUUGGCAGGUGAGUCCGUGUUUACCACCAUUCUCUAGGAAUAUGACAACGGCGGUUCCUAUCCCAAAUCGUGUUGUUCGUUCUUGAUUUUCUUAGAUUUUAUCAUGGCCUGACAAAAACCAGAAAGCACAAUGACGACAAGAUGAAAGUUUUAUAAAUCAAAUUAAUGGUGUUCUCUUUCUGAUCUCAUGUAAUUAUAUAAUGAAGUUGAAGUUUUUCGAUGCUAUUCAAUUUCAUUGGUAUGUUUUUAAUGGUCUAACUUCAUGGUUGUACCAACUUUUGAUGUACUGUUUAUGUUCCAAUAUAUUCACUUUGGUAUGAUUAUUAGGGAUAUGCUAGGCGGUACUCACCAUUAGACCAAUUUAGCUUAAUGGUUGAAUCUACGGGUUAUCCCAAUAAUUCAAUAUUCGGCUCAGCUCCUCCGACCAACGGGUCGGGUUACAAGCUAGUUGUUUGUAUGUUGACCGGUUCAACUGGGUUUAACCCGUAUCUAACACAAACAAGCUAGAAUACCCCUAAUAUUAAGUGGUAGUCAAAAUCGAUCAAUAUUGAGAAAAUUGGUGGUAUAACCUGUAUGAAGAAUUUUCGACCCAUUAGCAUCUUUGGGUAAAUCUAAUUAACAAUUUUUUUAUUUAAAUAUGAAGAUUUGUCAUUUAGUACUAUGUUUUAUUUAAAUAUAGAUGUUGAAAUUAUUUGUUGGAUUCCAAUAUAAAUGUUUUGGAUGUUAAGGUUAAAUAUUCUAUUUAAAUAUAAGAAAUUAUCAUUUUGUUUGUGAGAUUGUAUUUUAUUUAAAUUUCGUAGGAAGAUCGCUUUCAAAUACAUUAUAUAUAAGUACGAUUCAUUUGGCAUUACUAAUGUUUUUUAAUUUUUCUUCCGUAUUCUAUUAAAACCGACAUAUACCGAUUUUACAUUUUAUACAAUCGGAUCACAAACCGACAAAAAGGUAUAAACUGACAAGCUUUCUAUACAUCAUUGUCCAUAUUGUUGCCUAUUUUAUUUUUCUUGUAUUUGGCGUGCGCUACAUUUAGUAUUGCGAGAACUAUCAUCGUUACGAUCAAGAAAGCCGUUGAAAAGGGCUCUGUCUGCUGCCCAGCAAAAAUUUCCCCAAGAGAGUAUUGAGAAACAGCAGCAGCAGCAAUCAGAGAGUGGGAAGAAGUGCGACUCUUGAUCAUGGAUUGGUAAGUCGGAAGAACUUCUCAGAAGGCGGCAAUGGAGGAUGAGACGGCAUAGUAAAAGAUCAACUUAAAACCAGAGCUCCUCCUCCCCCACUUUGUCUUUGACAAUGGUCCAAUCAGCAUCGGCAUCGAUUCACAGACCCAGCUUCACUCUGAUCCUUCUCUGCCUGCCUAUAUGAGAAAUAUCCGCCUUUUCCUUCUGAAAACGUACUGGGUAGGUGCUGGAAGAUGCCAAUUCUGAUGCUAGCUCUGUCUUUUUUAACUUUUUAAGCUUCGUGGUUACUGGUAUUUCGAUGUUUAUGGCUAAUGUGCAAAGUGGGUUUUGCACCAUAUUGUUGAUGGAUUGGAGUUGAUUAUGAUGAGCUCUGCUGUUUGCACAAUUUGAGCUCUGCGUCAACUCUCGAAGUCGAAAUUAUACUGUCUUCUCUUCUUUAAGUUUAGUUCAUUUACAUCCCACCCACCCACGUUUUUUUUUCCCCCUGACGAAUUUUGUCCUCCCCAUAGCUUAAAAGGGUUUCUAUUUCUGUUAGUGGAGGAAAGGUUUAGAGUUCUGGAGUUGACUCAUACUUCUUGAUUCACGUCUUGUCGGUUUGGGGGAAUAAUAUGCCAAUUCUACGCGGUUUCUUUCUUUGUUCCUCGUGUUGGCCUUUCCCAAUUUCCAGAGGGUACUCUUGAUUCCAUAUUUUAAAGAAAUUCUUAGUACAAUGUUCAUGAAUUAGCUGUCCUGUAAAGAAGAUCCAAGAGGAAGGGGGGAAAGGGAGAAAUGAGCCUUCUCAUGCAUUAAACAUAAAACAGUUUCAGGGGUCCAUGGUUGGAACACAACCAUGGCCUCCUAAAAGAUUCUUGUUAGGCCAAUUUCCCUCAGAUUUCUCUCUGAUUGUAUGUCAUGUCUCUCUUCUAGUUCUCCUUUUUCCUGAUGGAUGUGUGUUUCGUAUGAAUCUCUUAAUUUCUCUUUUCCUGCUAUUGUUCUCUUCAAUGUUCUCAGCUUUAGUUAGAUUUGAUAUUGGGGAUUGUCAGGCAUUAUACCUAAAUGAUGUUGUCUGGCUUAACAUGCAAGGAACUGUAUGUCAUAAAAUUUGUGAGGGUUGACAUUCUGGCCCUCACUGUUCUUAAUCCUUCUUUCUUUGCAUAUCAGAGUUAUACUGCAGAUGGUGGUGAGGAGACUUGUAUGAUUCAAGCAUCAAGGGAAAGGUACUAGAUACACUAAUUAUGGGGAAGAGCACGCAGAGACUUUCACAUGCUCGAUGCGAGAAAUCAGGCUGUAUGUGGAGCUUGAUUAGCAUGUUGGACUUCAGAUAUGGUCGCUUCAGUCAGAAGAUGCUUUUAGAUAGGAGAUAUGCAAGCCGGCCUCGCGCUGCUGGUGCUGAAAAGCAAAAGUUUAUGCAUGACACAGAUAUUGAUGAACAUGAUCAGGAUGGUGAAGAAAAUGUGGUUGUAACACGUAGGCCAAGUGUGAAGGAACUCAUAGAGGAAGAUUUGUUAGACGAGCAAUUGUCUGUGAGCGAGACAAUCGGUGGUGAAAUGGAAGUGAUCUUAAAGGGCAAACGAAGAAGCGACACCAAGAGAACUAGUCGCAGAAAAGGUUGCGAAGUGCAUGGAGAAGCCCAUGUUGCUUGUACUGCUGCUGAACUAACUUGCCCCCACAAUUCAGAGGCGUUCAUGUAUGAUGGUGAGAUAGGUAAGAAAAGAAUAGAGGAAUUCAACCAUCAGAAAAGCAGUAGUCGUCGUUUGAGAAAGGACCAAGGCAGUGAGCUCCAUCAUCAGCUUAGCCAGAGGAUUAAUGAUGACUUUGAAGGGAAACUCAAAGAGAUCAAACAGCUUCUUGUUAGUCAAAAGGUCAAACACAGAAAGCAUCAAGAAGAAGAUGACGGCAUUGAUCAGUCUCAGGCACUUAAGGAUGCUCUGCAGAUUAUAUGUUCCGAUGAGGAAUUGCUUCUUAAAGUCUUGCAAGGGCAAGGGAAUCUUCAGGUAGCUAAUGGGGAAGAGUCAAAGUCACCUGUUGGAACUAGUGUAGCAGAACAAAGGCAAUGUGUCUCAAAGCAAGCCAACGAAGUUUCAGCAACCAAACAUGGCAAACAUUUUAGAAGGAAGUCCAAGUAUCUUGAAAGGACCAUUUCAAAAGGAAACGUCUCCCCUCAGGAUACAAACAGGAUUGUCAUUCUGAAGCCAGGGCAAAAAGGUUUGCAAGAUUCUGAAACCAAAAAAGGUCUCGGCUCAUCGCCUCAACUUGAAAUGAGCUUCAGAAAUAAAGAAGGAAAUGGAAAAAACAGGUCCCAUUUUUCCCUGACUGAAAUAAAAAGAAGGUUGAGAACUGCCAUGGGUAGAGAGCGGCAAGAGGGCUCCACCAUAUCAAAUAGACAUCCCAAUGAGCCUACUUGGGCUGGUAAAGAAGGUGACCGAAGAAGAUUGAAUGAAAGCAGUUCUGGUAAAAGAGGUCCCAGUAAAGAACACUUCUUCAUGGAAAGAAUUGCCAGAUACCCAACGAGUUCCAGGAAAGGUGAGAAUGGUGCCAAUUCCAUUGAAUUUGACAAAGGGAAGGAGCAAGAAGUUAAUAAUAUUCUUCCCAAAUCAAGGACAUCGAACAUCUACGUUGAAGCUAAGAAGAAGCUCCUCUCAGAGAUACUGACAGAUGGUCCUACAGGCGAAGCUUUUCCGAGCGAACCAAAUCCAAAACCACUUGGGAGGAUUCUCUCUUCCCCAGAGUACAAUUCUUCUUCCUGUGGCAGUUCUGGGGGCGAUUUGUGGUAUGGUUUCAUACCAGCGCGGAUGAGCUUACCAAACAUCGAAAAAUUUCAGAGACUGGAAAGUCAGAUAGGUCGAAUAUCACUGAGCUCAGAGCUAUCUGAUGACAUCAUCUCUGAUAAUAAAGGACAGAUUCCUUGUGAUCCAAGUUCAAGUUUUCCUAAGGAACAUGUUCGUGAUGGUAAAGAAAAGAAUGUGAAUGAAGUGACUGCUCAAGGUGGUUUGGAGAUUGAAAAGGCCACUGAGAUUAUUAUGUCCUCAGAAGAUGUCAACUUCAUUGGUUAUCUUUCCGAAACUAGCAGCUGUUAUGAUGCUAUUAAUAACCAGAAUGUUGGUACUUGCAAUGCUCGUGAGGAGAGAGGAGACUCUGAUAUCUUUGAGCAUGAUUGUUCUCCACCCACAUCAAUCGGCAAAAUCUGCCAGGCUCUCGAGCCUAAGGGGAUACAAGGUCGGCCGAGUCCUGUAUCUGUCCUUGAGCCACUUUACACAGAUGAUGAAGUCAGUCCAGCAGCGACUAGAUCCCAUUCUGUGCUGCAACCCCUGAGGAUUCAGUUUGAAGAGGUCGAUAGUCUACAUGGUGAUGAAGAAAUCCAUCUGAAAAGUGGUACAGAGGAAACAGAUUGUAUAUUUGAGUUCAUAAAGAGUGUACUCCUAGCAUCUGGUAUAAACUGGGAGGAGCUGUAUCUAAUGUCAGAUUCCUUAGACCAGAUCCUUGAUCCGUCAAGCUGUGAAGAGUUCCAGUUCUUCCCUAACCAGCUUUGCUCUGAAAAGCAACUCCUUUUCGAUUGUACCGAUGAAGCACUUGUGCAGGUUUAUGAGCGCUACUUCAGUUGCUCCCCUGGGUUCUCCUUGGCAAUGCCUUCCAUUCGACCGGUACCCAACAUGGAGAAUACUAUUCAUGAGGUAUGGGAAAUAGUUCACUGCCACCUCAUGCCCCUGCCAUUGCCUCAUAUCUUGGAAACGCUGGUCAAGAAAGGCAUGGAUACAGACAGCUCGUGGAUGGAACUUCGACGAGAUACUCAAACCGUCAUAGACGAAAUUGGUGAAGCCAUUUUUGAGGAUCUUAUAGAGGGAACCAUCCUUAGCUGUGUAAAUAAAGUUGGACGAGAAGAACAGUGAGGACAGCAUCAUCAACUUUUAAAAGGACUUUCAUUCUGCUGGUGUUUAUGUACAUAUAUGUGGAGUUUCUGUAAGAAAAGGCAGCUCAUUUUUGGCAAGAUGUAACAAAAAAUUAUACGUACAUAUGACAUGAUUUAACGCAAUUAAACGUACAUAUUGUUGAUCUUCCCUAGAGUUUGAUAUGUUGCUGAUCAGUGUAACUUGGGGUUGUGUGUUGUGUUGUUACAAUCUUCCUCCUUGCGGGUAACCAGUGAUCCAUUGAUUCGAGCCUUUGAACUUGAGUUAGAUGCUUCUAUUCUCUUUCACGUUUUUGUUCUUUUUCCUUUUUAUGAGAUGAGUAAAUGAAAAUGAAAGAAGAAAAGCUGUAACAAAACAAAGGCAAAAGAGGUAAGUUACCAACUUGAGUUAGGAUUCUUUUGAUUAUUCAUCACACAUGGGAGAUGGCAAAAAUUAUUUCUAUUUUCAUGCUUGCUUCUAUACUCUAUAGAUUGUCUUGCCAUGGUUAUUUAAUAGAUGUUGUAUCGAAAA